UUCAACUAAGUGGUAUAAAGGCUUUUGCUUUUGGACACUGAAAGCAGAUCCUUCGAGCUUCUUUCUUCGCUUCGAACAGCAUUCUCGACGCCAAACUAUACAACAUGUUCAAGCAGUGCAUCAUCGCCAUCCUUCUGGCCGUCGUUUCCGCCGCGCCUGCACCUGCGCCGGGACACCUCCUGGCGGCGGCGCCCGCGGUCGCGGCCGUACCGGCGCCGAUCGUCACUGCCAGUAGCAGCCAAUACGUCGCCAGGAAUUACAACACCCUCGCUGCAGCGCCGAUCGUCGCGUCUCCUCUUGCAGCUGCAGCGCCGAUCGCCGCGGCUCCAAUCGCGGCGGCGGCUUACGCACCCUUGGCUUACAGCACCCACGCCGUCGCGCCUGCAUACGCCGCGUACUCAGCGCCUAUUCUGCUGUAAAUUUCACUCCGAAUCUAGACUGCGGAUUUCGAGCUAAGCAUUAUGACGGACGGAUCACGGGACUACUGCGAUCGACGACGCAUCGUUGCGACUGCACCGGGCUCGUCUCAGUGAGCGCAACAUGUUAUGUUUGUGCAAUACUAGUUUCAAUAAACCAAUUUUGCUCACCUGAAUCUUCACGGCGUU